AUGUAUUCCCUCCGCGCCUUUGCUCCUGCGCGGCAAUGCCUACGAAAGCCGGCCGCCCAAUUAGUCCGCAUGUCCCCAUUGAAUACUCGUUGCUAUUCCAUUGCCGCUACGGAUAGAAUUGCUAAAUUCUCUGGCAAGAAGGGCCCCGACGGCAAAUACAAGGUUACAUUGAUUGAGGGUGACGGUAUUGGACCAGAGAUCUCACAAUCCGUAAAGGAUAUUUUCGCAGCUGCCAAGGUACCAAUAUCGUGGGAGUCGGUGGACGUCACUCCAAUUAUUAAAGAUGGCAAGACUGCUAUUCCAGAUGAUGCUAUUGCAAGCGUCAGGAGAAACUUUGUUGCCCUGAAAGGACCUCUUGCUACUCCCGUUGGCAAGGGUCAUGUUUCCCUCAACCUUACACUCCGCCGUACCUUUAAUCUUUUCGCCAAUGUCCGACCCUGCCGAUCUAUUGCCGGUUUCAAGACUCCCUAUGAUAACGUUCAAACCGUCCUUAUCCGUGAGAACACUGAGGGUGAAUACUCCGGCAUUGAACAUGUCGUUGUGGAUGGAGUUGUGCAGAGCAUUAAGCUCAUUACCCGGGAAGCAUCGGAACGAGUUCUCCGCUUUGCGUUCCAAUAUGCCCAGGAGGUAGGAAGAAAGAAGGUCCGCGUUGUGCACAAGGCCACCAUCAUGAAAAUGUCCGAUGGUCUUUUCUUACGUACUGCGAGAGAUGUGUCCAAGGAUUUCCCCGACAUCGAAUUCGACGAGGAGCUGCUUGAUAACACCUGCCUGAAAAUCGUCACGGAUCCUGUCCCCUACAACGAUAAAGUUCUCGUUAUGCCCAACCUCUACGGCGACAUCUUGUCUGACAUGUGCGCUGGUUUGAUUGGUGGCCUUGGUCUGACCCCUUCUGGUAACAUUGGCGACGAGUGUUCCAUCUUCGAAGCUGUUCACGGUUCUGCCCCUGAUAUUGCUGGCCAACAAAAGGCGAACCCAACAGCAUUGCUGUUGAGCAGUGUAAUGAUGUUGCAGCACAUGGGACUUCAUGAGCAUGCCAACAAGAUCCAAAACGCCAUCUUCGCCACCCUUGCAGAAGGAAUGACACUUACUGGCGACCUUGGCGGCAAAGCCAAAACCAGCGAAUAUGCCGGCGCCAUCAUCUCGAAGCUGUAA